GUGUCUUUCUGGCAGCAGCCGAAGGCGGUGCUCGCCUCCUGCGCAAAAGGCCAGUGGGGCGCUUCCCCGGCCGCCCCGCCCUCCUCUUGUCGGGGGCGAGGCAACGUGGGGUUGAGAUCCUAGGCGAGAUCUCUUUUGGGGAGGGAAACUCCCUGCAGACAGGGCGGAAUAAUGCAAAAGGGCAGGCUGCCGAAGCGGAGGGGAGAACUCCGCGUCUGCUGCUGCUGCUUCGAAGUAAGGGAAUGCGUUUAGCCCGCACCAACAUGGCUGCUGCCGCCGUCUUCAGGACUGCAAGCCGAACGCUGCACCCGUUUGCAAAAAACAACAGAUGCAAUCCAGCACGAAUCCAGCUACAAUGGAGAUGUCAGUUGACUGCAGCAGCACCUGUCGAAAUAAAAAAACCCAAGCCUCAAAUUCAACCUGAAAAAAGGAAACCAAAAACAGGGAUUUUGAUGUUGAACAUGGGCGGCCCAGAGACUCUGGGAGAAGUACAUGAUUUCCUCCUUCGGCUGUUUCUGGACAGAGACCUGAUGACGCUUCCAGUUCAAAAUAAGCUCGCUCCCUUCAUUGCGAAGCGGCGCACUCCGAAAAUCCAGGAACAAUACAGACAGAUUGGAGGAGGAUCACCCAUCAAGAAAUGGACAGCGACGCAAGGAGAGGCCAUGGUGAAACUGCUGGACGAAAUGGCUCCUCACUCUGCUCCCCACAAAUACUAUAUCGGCUUCCGUUAUGUCCACCCUCUGACAGAAGAAGCAAUUGAGCUGAUGGAGCAAGAGGGCAUCGAACGGGCCAUCGCUUUCACACAGUAUCCACAGUUCAGCUGCUCGACCACAGGGAGCAGUUUAAAUGCCAUCUAUCGCCACUAUAACACCAAAGGGGCAAAGCCAAAGAUGAAGUGGAGCACCAUAGAUCGGUGGCCGACGCAUCCCCUUCUGAUUCAGUGUUUUGCAGAGCACAUCCAGAAGGAGCUGGAGUUGUUUCCACCCGAAAAGAGGAAAGACGUUGUCAUACUUUUCUCCGCUCACUCCCUACCUAUGUCUGUAGUUAAUCGAGGUGAUCCAUAUCCCCAAGAGGUGGGAGCUACUGUCCAGAGGGUUAUGGAGAAACUCAACUACUCCAACCCUUACAGGCUGGUGUGGCAAUCCAAGGUGGGUCCUAUGCCAUGGCUGGGUCCUCAGACAGAUGAGACCAUCAAAGGGCUCUGCCAAAGGGGGAAGAGGAAUAUUUUGUUGGUUCCGAUAGCAUUUACCAGCGACCACAUCGAAACCCUCUAUGAACUGGACAUUGAGUACUCUCAGAAGUUAGCCACGGAGUGUGGGAUUGAAAACAUCAGAAGAGCAGAAUCUCUCAACGGAAGUCCUCUGUUUGCCAAGGCACUGGCAGACUUAGUCUGUUCCCAUCUGCAGUCGAACGAAAUCUGCUCCAAGCAGUUGACCCUCAGCUGCCCGCUCUGCGUGAAUCCCGUCUGCCGCGAGAUGAAAUCUUUCUUUACCAGUCAAGAGCAAUGAUGUGUGCUUUUACGGAGGCGAUACCUUCGGAUGAAGAAGCCCUGUGGAUUUUGAGAAUCUUCCUCUGCGCUCUUUCUUCAGCUCCUCGAUUUGGACCGUUUCACACACGAUUGUGUUUGUGUGUGUCCAUUGUGAAGCAGCCCUGGACCCCGAGGAGUGGUUUACACUGGGAUGCAAGAGGGAAGAACUUGAGACUUGUUUUCUUUUCUGUUGAGGGAUCUAGUGCGGAAGGGAAGUAGCCAGGGGUGGAAUUGUAGCAGAAACUCCUUUGCAUAGUAGGCCACACACCCCUGAUGUAGCCAAUCCUCCAAGAGCUUAGGAGGCUCUUUUUUGUAAGCUCUUGGAGGAUUGGCUACAUCAGGGGUGUGUGGCCUAAUAUUCAAAGGAGCUCCUGCUAGAACUCCAUGCCUGGAAGUCACUUCUAAGGACUCCAUCCUGCAGAGUGCGGAGAACACUCGGCUCCCUCUAGAACAGAUAAGCGUGGCAGGGGAAGACGAGGGCUCUUCGUAUUCCUCAGUAUCAGUCCCAGCAGUUCCCUUUUCGGCCUACCAAGAGCUGAAAUGUUACAUGUUGGACUCCCCCAGCCACUUACACUGGGGUUUAGUUCUGUUGAUUUAAUUGAUGCUGUUUGAGGAGAAACGGCUGGUGGCUUUUGGUUCUGUGGGAGGGGCCCGUCCUCCAGCCUAGUUCUGUCCAGUCCAGAAAGCCUGCUCCAGAGAUCUGGACCUGAGAAUUUCUACCUAGAUCUCUGAGAGCUCUUAAUAUGCACUUAUAUUUACAUCAAGCCUUCCAGGUAGGAUAAACUACUAUUUUUUGAGGUCCUGUUUUUGGAGCUCUGUAGCAAAUUCAUUGAGCAGCUGAUUGCCUUUACUUUUUUUUUUAAUGAACAAGUGACAUCUAAGGGUUUUUUAAUGGCCUGUGUACAUUUUAAAAAAAAAAAGAGGUUGGUUUUUGUUUUUUUAUGUUGUGUUUCUUUUCACAUGAAAGUGAUUCUGCUGCAGCCCAAAAAAGGUUUUGCCCCCUGCAUACAACCAAAUAAUAACUGAAUCAUACCCAAA